UACUUGUUUUGCUUUUUAAAGUAAAGUCAUCUCAAUCUUUGCAAAGGACUAUUAUUAACACCCCACCCACCAUUCACCCCUCCUGAACCCGAUACUGGUGUCUCUAAUUCUUAUUCACAGUCCAGAACAUUCACUGCAGCCUCUCCCUCUAACAGUUGCAGGCAAGAAUUGGUUUCUAAAUGGACGUGUUGGACCUUCCUGUAAACAGGCACAAAGGAUGGUACCUGUCGCUGAUGGCACCAAACAUAAAAGGACCAACAUUUGCCUGGUUGGACCCAUCCAGACUCUACUGCAACUCCACGGCUCUUGCAGACUGUGUCAAAGACCUCACCAAUCCUUUUCUCAAAGACACCAUUGACCUGGUUGCUGGGAUAGAUGCAAUGGGAUUCAUUCUUGGGGCGUCUGUUGCAACCGUCCUUGGAAAAGGUUUUCUGGCCGUGCGCAAAGCAGGACACCUGUGUGUUGCAACAGAAACCCAAAACUACACCGAUUACACAGGCAAAGAAAAGACAAUGGAAAUAAGACUGGACGUGCUAAAACCAGGUACCAGGGUGUUGUUAGUGGACCAAUGGGUAGAGACUGGAGGCACGAUGAAGUCUGCGAUCCAGCUGGUGGAGAAGCUGGGAGCCACUGUUGUAGGUGUUGCAGCUGUGGCCAUCGAGAACACAGAAGGAGGGAAGUGGAUUAAAGACAAUUACAGAUUCUCUCACUGCAUCCCCGACGAGCUGCAGAGCCAAAUUGACAGGAAGAGUCUCGAUUCCUUCAAUAGCUUUGGAAAUUGAAAAAACAAAAAAAAACAA